AUGACUCGAGUGGUAAUCUAUGCUCAAUAUGAUGGGGAAUGGAAGGAAGAGCAAGGGUUGUAUAAAUGGUCACCAAAGAAUAAGGAAGUUAUAUCUAUCAUUGUUGAUGACUCCAAUAUUACUUUUGAGGUGUUAUUGGAGAAAUUGUAUAAGAAGAUUGGGGAUUGUGGAGAGAACAAUCGUAGAGUUGCACUACGUGUGGAGCUCAUUAAGAGAGAAGAUAUGUGUGACAUGGAAGUUGAACGCAACAUGAAAGAAAAUGAACAAAGUUUAGUAGAUGAUUACUUUGACCGUGAAUUCUACUUUGAAAAUAAUAUUUGUGAUGCUGCUUCUGCACCAGUCGAAAGUGGUGUUAAUCUAGGUUGUGAACCUGUGGACCUUCUUAACAAAAAGACAAAAUCAUCAUCUCCAACUCCAAAUCACACUGACCCACUGAACUACUAUGAUUCACUGGACCACCAUGAUGAACAAAAUCAAGUCCCUAGUGAAGACACAUUUAGUUUCCCAGAUGGGUCAGAUUUGGCAAUUGGUCAAGAAUUCAAGAACAAAGAUGAGGUAAAAACUAAGUUGAACGAUAUUGCAAUAAAGGCUUGCUUUGAGAUGGAAAUUAAUAAAUCUACCAAGUCAUUAUAUGUGACAAAAUGCAUUGACAAGUCAUGCAAUUGGGCAGUGCGUGCAACAAAAGUUACCAACUCAGAGCGUUUCUCAAUACGAACUUAUUGUAACACUCACACUUGUUCCCUUAUUAGCCGGAAAAGAAAGCAUCGUCAAGCAAGUGCUGCAGUAGUUGCUAAUGUCGUGAGGUCAAGUUUCAAUGGUCAAAAAGAGACACCGAAGCCAAAAGCAAUAAUGACGAUUGUGCAGAACAAUCACAUGCCAAUAACAUAUUGGAAAGCUUGGAAGGGGAAAAAACUUGCAAACAACCUUCUUAGAGGUUCACUUGAAUUAAGUUUUCAAAAUCUUCCAGCUUACUUAUACAUGGUUCGAAAGAUGAAUCCAGGUACGAUCACGCAUUUGGAGGUGGAUGAAGAUUCUAAAUUCAAAUAUGUUUUCCUAGCAUAUGAAGCAUCCAUCAAAGGAUUUCGUUGUAUGAGAAAGGUUAGUGCGGUGGAUGGGACUUGGUUGAAGACCAAGUACAAAGGUGUAAUGCUCAUUGCAACAGCACAAGAUGGUAAUUUUCAUCAAUAUCCUAUUGCUUGGGCUGUGGUUGAUUCAGAGAAUGAUGCUUCAUGGUCAUGGUUCCUUACAAAGUUACAAGAACUUAUACCAGAUGAUAAUGAUUUAGUCUUUAUUUCAGAUAGAAAUCAAAGCAUCAUCAAUGGGGUGUCAAAUAUUUAUAGGAAGUCACAACAUGGGCAUUGUAGGUGGCAUCUGUCUCAGAAUAUUAAAGCACGUGUCAGAGUUAAAGGUGUCAUAAAAGUAUUCGAAGAAACUACCAAUGCCUAUAAAGUUUCUGACUUCAACAAACUCUAUGAUGAAUUGAAGAAUAGAUAUCCCGUAGCAGUGAAGUAUCUUGAAGAAUUAAUUCUCACACUUAGUAAAUGGGCGAGAACUCACUUUACAGGCUGUCGGUACAAUAUUAUGACUACGAAUGGUGCAGAAUCUAUUAAUGCAGCACUGAGGGAACCUAGAGAGUACCCUAUCAUUGCGUUGUUGGAGGCUAUGCAGGCAAAAGUAUCUGAGUGGUUCAACAAUCGCCGCAAUAUUGUGGCAUCUUUCAAUACAAAGUGUACACCUUUAACUCCAAAGGCAGAGAAUAUUAUUCCAAAAAGAUUCAAGAAAGCAUCGAAAAUGAAUGUGAAACAACUUAACCGAUUUGAGUAUGAGGUUACAGCAUCAUAUGAGCAAGUUAGAACAGAAGUGUAUGAUUUGUGCUCUAAUUAUUAUAAGUUGGAAACUUGGGCGUUGGCUUAUGUUGAUACCAUUUAUCCAGUCCCUCAACAAGAAGAUUGGGAUAUCAAUGAAGUUGAAGUACUGCCGAAGGUAUUGCCUCCAAAUGUCCCAAUCAAGCGUGGUAGAGCAAAAUUGAAAAGAAUCCCAUCAGUUGGUGAGGGAAAAAAAUGGAUAAAAAGGUGUGGUUUAUGCGGGCAGCCUGGUCACUCCAAAAAAACGUGCCCCUUACGAGCCACAACUUCUAAAUUGUAA